AUGUAUAUAUCUAUCUAUCUAUCUUACUUCAUAUCUAUCUCUCUCCCUAUCUAUCUAUCUAUCUAUCUAUAUAUAUAUAUCUAUCAAACUCUUUAUAUCAAUCAUAGUAUUCAUUUAUAUAUCAAUCAUCUAUCUAUCUAUCUAUCUAUCUAUCUAUCUAUCUUUUUCAAUCCUUCAUAUCUAUCUCUCUCUCCCUAUCUAUCUAUCUAUACCCAUAGCUAUCUAUCUGUCUUUGUCCGCUCUUAUCUAUCUAUCUAUCUAUCUAUCUAUCUAUCUAUAUAUAUAUAUAUAUAUAUAUAUAUAUAUAUAUAUAAAUAUAUAUAUCUAUCUAUCUAUCUAUCUAUCUAUCUAUCUAUCUAUCUAUCUAUCUAUCUAUCUAUCUCAGUCUGUUCACAUCUAUCCAUCUAUCUCGAUCUCCUGUUCAUUAUCUAUCUAUCUAUCUAUCUAUCUAUCUAUCUAUCUAUCUAUCUAUCUGAGUAUCUGAGUCUGUUCAUUAUCUAUCUAUCUAUCUAUCUAUCUAUCUAUCUAUCUAUCUAUCUAUAUAUAUAUAUAUAUCGCAAACUCUUUAUAUCAAUCACAGUAUCUAUCUAUCUAUCUAUCUAUCUAUCUAUCUAUCUAUCUAUCUAUCUAUCUAUCUAUCUAUCUAUCUACAUUUCAAUCACGACUUACCGGAAAAGAUUCAGUAGCUCUGUCGUUCAUCCAACAUCAAACAGAAGCAGUUCCUUGUUAUUUUCUCAUUCGUGUUGGACUUUCCUCGGCCGAGAUUACUCCGUCGAGUGGAGCUGCUUCUGA